AUGAGCAAUCCACGCAUGCCCCGCCUCGCAGCCCGCAUAUUUCCUCCUCCAAUUCCGCCCAGGAGCCACUCGCUUCCCUCCCAGCCAAAACUGUCGAACCUCAACGUAACGACUGCCAGUUCAGCAGUCAUCCAGCAACCUGCACCGGCAGCACAGGCACCAACGCACCAAAGAUCACACGCUUGCCACGCGCCGAUCAUAUUCCAUAACCGCGAAGAGAAAUCCCGGCGUGAACAAACUGAGGAGAGUGAAAAGGCGAGAGAUGAUCUGAUGAAGCAGGGCAUCAAGGUACGGGAUUUCCAGGUUGAGGUCGACGAGCAGAGAUUCGGGAACGAACAUGCUUGUGGUAAACCGUGGGGCGAAUCCGAACAAGAGUGGAAUCGAGUUGCGAACUGA